AUGGAAGCACGCCACGCGGCAGACGCUGAGACACGUGACACACCCAAGGCAUCACGCUAUGGCAGUUGGUUGGAGUGCUGCAACAAUAUCUACCAGCACCUGCGCUACUACACCAACCCGAGCGAGCAACGCUGGAUCGUACGCAUCCUCUUCAUUGUGCCUAUCUACUCGUUUGACUCCUGGCUCAGCCUGCUCUUCUUCAACAACGAUAGCUACUACGUUUACUUUGACACCGUGCGCGACUGCUACGAAGCAUUUGUAAUCUACAACUUUCUGAGCCUGUGCUAUGAAUACCUAGGCGGGGAGGGCGCCAUCAUGUCGGAAAUCAGAGGCAAGACUAUCAGAGGGAGCUGCAUGUCUUGCACUUGCUGCCUGGACGGAAAGCAGUAUACGAUUGAGUUUCUACGCUUCUGUAAGCAGGCCACCCUGCAGUUCUGUGCCGUGAAGCCCGUUAUGGCUGCUAUCACCAUCGUCCUGCAGGCACUUGGAUUCUACAAAGAUGGUGACUUCAGCGUUAAAGGCGGCUACCUCUACGUGACGAUCGUCUACAACAUCUCGGUGACGCUGGCGCUGUACGCACUCUUCCUGUUCUACCGAGCGACGCGCGAGCUGCUCAGCCCCUACGACCCCGUGCUCAAGUUCUUCACCAUCAAGUCGGUCAUCUUCCUGUCAUUCUGGCAAGCUGGGGGUUCAUGGGAGCGGCAUGCGCUGCGCUGUGUAGAACACAGGACGGAGAUGAAGACUUGUAUGCUGCUGGCAGUUCUUGAGAACGUUGGUCUGAUCAGCCCCAUCUUUGCUGUCGGCGGCGAGGAGCAGAUAGGAGUCGGCACGGUCGCCGCCGGUUACCAGAACUUCAUCAUCUGCAUCGAGAUGUUCUUUGCUGCCAUCGCCCUCCUGUAUGCUUUCCCGUACAACAUCUACACACAGGGUGUAUACUACAGUGAGCCUGGGCAGUCUGGCAACACCGGCACUCGCACAGUUGCUAUGCAGAGCAUCUCUAGCAACCUGAAGGAAACCAUGAACCCAAAGGUGAAGAGUGCCGAUGUUUGGUGUAGCCGAGUUGGCUCUAUAGUAUUAAAGAGCCCGUCUAGACGACUCAGAACAUCAGGGGCCAUGAAAAUAUGGGACAUCGAACCGGCGGGGAAGCUGAGCAGCUCCGGCGCGCGGAGUGUGCACCGAGGCUUCGUGUAG